UACUCCCACAGCCGCCAGUAUACACAGAACAGUGCAGCGGGCUCAUCGUACACACAUAACUACACGUCGCGCAAUAAACUCCACGAGCAGGGCGUGACGAACACGAUUCCUCUCUCUCUCUCUCUGUCUCUCUCUCUCCCCCAAUUCAUAAUAACUCGCUGUUGCACUCUCAUCUCCGCGCAUCCAGCCGCACGCAGUUCAGCGCCUGUUGAUCCUUCGUGAGCGCGUGUGCAGUGUGUCCUGCGCUGCUGCUGCAGUAUUCUUAAUUUUCCUUUCGCGGUUCGCCCAGCAGGUGCACAAGUCGUGUGUGUAUAUGCAUAUACCUAUAUAGCGAGGCGAAACGUAGCGUUGAGUGUUGUGUUGCGCCGCUUAUCGUCACGUUCCUCUACCAAUACGUGCCUCCUCUGCUACGCGCUUCGUCGUAUUUUUUUUCCGAGUUACGCCGUGCACUUACAUGCGUGUAUCGUAAUUACACAUCCUGGUUCCGCUCUCGCGCACAGUGAUGAGAGCCUCUGCGCGUAAACACUAUGGGCACAAGAGGCGGAGCAGCAGUGUCGUCGUCAGCAGCCGAGAGGUCGUCGGAGCGGGUGCGGCUGAAGGUGCUCUAUGACUUCGAGUACGACACAAGAGGCAAACGGGUGCGCAUCGUCAAGGACGAGCGACUCCUGCUGCUGAAUAGGACCAACCAAGACUGGUGGCAAGUUGUCAGACCCGCAGACCUUCAGAGCAACCUCUACGUGCCUGAGCAGAGUACCUUCUACGUGCCAACGGGCUACGUAGCUGAGCUACAAGAGGAAGCCCUGCCCGAGACCACUAGGUUCUACGUUGACAAGGACAAGAUGUUCAAGUCGAGCAGCACCACUGGUGAGCAGGCCACCAGUACCGGUGCUGGAAGUGGUCAGCAGCAGCAACAUUCCAGCACACAAGAGGGAAACAAGGAGGAGCCAAGGAAGGCACAUGACUCGUUCAAGGGUGUGUUCAGAAAGCUCUCUGGGAAUCUGGGCUCUGGUGCAGGGGACGGUAACAAGGGGACCAAGCCUGUCAAGCCACCCAAGAUCAUCAAGAAUCUGAGAAAAAACUCGGUAGACUCCAGCGAGGAUGUUAAGUUGCAAAGCAGCAAGUCCAGUCUGGUGCCUGCCAAGCACAAGGAUACCUGGGAGAGUUCUGCAUUUGGCAUGUGUUUCGGCAGGCAGAAUGUGGAUGCACAGGUUCUCAAUCCUUUUCAGGAGGAAUUGGAGAAUGCUCUGUCGAAUAGAGUGACUCACAAAAGAACUAUUUUAGAUACAAAACUAGGAAUAGGUAAACAUGUGGACCAAGUUAGUGAUGAGAGGGAGAAGCCCUCGACCAAGUUUGAAAAUAUACAAGAUAAGUGGGUGAAAGCCUCUGCACAGGUGUUGAAGAAGCCUGAUAAUAUGCAGAAGUCUGAUAACUUUCAGUUUGUACCAUUGUCAAAAAUCAAAGAGGAUGCACAGAAGAGGCGGAGUGCAUCCCCCAACUUGAUUGAGAAAACUGUGGUGAGCAAUAAUGUCAAUUCUGUUGUGAAGCGAUUGUCAGAGACAGAGAAACUUUAUAGCGUGGUAGACAAAAUUCCAAAGAAACCAGUACAAUUGACAGAUCAAAAAGUGGAUGUUCCCAAACCCAGUACAGAUAUUCCUAAACCUGUAGCCGAUACUGUGAAACCAGUUGUAGCAGCAGCAAGUAAUCCUCCAGUAAUAACAAAUGACAAAACUGCUACUCAAGAGUCACCCUCUAAGGAUAUUGACAGACUGUUAAUAAAUGACAAGAGAAAAAUGUGGGCCAUAGAGACCCUCAUGUCCGAAUUGAUGCAGACGUCCUCUAAUUCUAAAUCAGUUGCCUCGGCGGAAAACAGUGAAGCAGGUAUAUCCGGGCCAAAUCAAUUAGCCCAGGAAUUGCAUGACAUGACUGUGUCCAGACAGAAUGCAGAAAUCCAAGUAAACUUGCUGGAUAAUAAUGAUGAUGACAAUACCAAAGAAAACGAACAAUUAAAUACUGACACAACAAAGUGCAGAGUUGAGUCUUACAAGAAAAAAGUUUUUGAUUUUCCACCACGUGCAAAUGCCUUGAAAGCUCCAAGAAGUCCAACUGCCAGAUCGCCAAAACUUCUGGACGAGUACAAUGAAGCCAAUAUUUUAAAUGAUAACGAUAGGGCUAGAGAAGCUCAGGAUGUACCAGCAGCAGCAGUAGAGUUACUCAAUUACAAAGAGUCACCAUCCUAUUCAAACAUUUCCUUGCGCAUAAAACGUGAAAAAGUGCCAUCCAAGCUAAAAAUGCCAACCAAGGACUAUCGCGAAGAGCUACAGCUUACACCGUCUCUUGAAAAGUUAGCCAGUGAAAUACAGUUUCUACCAGCCAGUACAAAUUCAUCCGAAUUCGAAAAUGAUAAGCAUUCACCAGAUAUGGAUUUCCCGACGACGACGUUGAGCCAGGACUCGUUGCGCCUCUACAAGCGUCGUUCCAAGUCGGACGGAGCGCUGAACAAACGUGAUCCUCGACGCCGCGAUAGUGUCGACUCACAGCAGAACAACAAUAAUAAUAAUAGCAGCAGCGGCAGCGUCAAUCACACGGAGAUCUUCAAAGCUAAGGACCAGCCGCAUAGCGAGCGCAAAUACACUCAGCACGAGACCCCCCAGCAUCAACCAAUGAGGAGGCAUAACGAAACUCCGGAUUACUAUCGGCCGGAGAGACUCAAUCAGACGGCAAGGUACAAAUUGAACAGGAAGUCUAGAAGUUUGGGAGAUCUCGACUGCAGCGAGAUGGAUGAGAACAAGGAGGUUGAGGAGGAGGAGGAGGACGGAUCCAGCUCGACCUGCGAUGCGCUGGAGAGUAGGAGAAGGUACAAGCCGGUGCCGAAGCUCAGAUCUAAAGAGUCGCUGAGGAGGAUCAAGCCGACGGCGCCAGUUAUAACGCCAACGGCAAGCGCCGAACGUCUCGCAACUCGACCCGUCCCAACGAAACGUCGCGUUCAGCCGGCCGUCCAAUUGACGACACCGCAACAGCAGCAGCAGCAGCAGCAGCAGCCCUCUCAACCCUGCGACAGCAGCUACGAUGAUCUAAGCGAGAUAGAUAUCGAGCGCAGUACCGCCAUAGGCUUCAAGACCCUUUUGCGAACCUCGGACAGCGGCUCAGAAGAGUACCUUCAAUACAAAACCUUCCCCUCAACGACCAAAAAUCUGCAACAACAGCAGCUAUCUCCUUAUAGCGUCGAGAAACAAUCGAAAAUCUCGAGAAGUGACAGCAACGUCAACAAUCUCACUCGCAGUAUCUCGGACGAAGCGAUUCUCAGCUCUGCCACAUCCUGCUCGUCUGCUAGUCCUUCGAGAAUAUUAGACGGUAGCGUGGAGAAUUUGGUGGAUUUACCCGCUGGAUGGACGCAGUCCUACGAUAAACUCGCGAACAGAGUUUGUUUCGUUAACGAUCGGGGCGAUAAGUGGUUUUCCUCAAACGAUGCAGAGGGAAAGAUCUACUUUUUCGAGGAGAACAGCAACGAAUCGUCCUGGGCACUUCCUCCGGUUGUCAAUCACGAUCGUGUUAGGACCAUAUCUAUCGGUGAUUGGCCGCAACUUUUUGAUGGAAACAUGUAUAUUCUAAAGGAAGGAUUGAUUAACAAAACCAAGAUUGCUACAGAAAAUGGCAAAAAGUUGAGAAAAACUUGGAGCACCUCUUACGCGGUGUUAACGGAAGUGUUUUUAUUAUUCUUUAAGGACGCAAAAACUUUUGCUGCGAUGAAAAUGGACCAAUCGGCUGCAGCUAAACCUGAUAUUUCAGUGGAUUUGAACGGUGCCUUCAUAGAAUCCGCGGAGAAAUUAAGCAACAGAAAGAACGUUUAUCUUAUUAAUACUCUGAUGGGAUUGCAAGUACUCAUACAGUGGGACAAUCCAACAGUGACAACCGAAUGGUAUCGAGAGAUACAUGACGCCAUCCAGAGGCUGCCAUUUCGUCGGGGAUAAUACGAGAGAUCUUCGUCGUCGAGAGAUUGAAGAGAAUGAUAAUCGUUUCAAGUGUACCUUUUUCUGAAGAGAAAAUUCGUUAACUUUCCAAAGUCUAGAAUGAUGUUAUUACGACAAAAAGCGUCUAAAGUAUAAUAAAUGUUAUACGAGUAUUUUUGUAUUACUCGGUAGAAAUCGCGUAUUGUAUAUCAAAUCAAUUAUUGUAAAAGAUAUCUUAUACAAAAAUAUGUCAAAUGAAAUGUUCUUUUUUUAAAUUAAAAAAACAAUUUUAAUACGUAUAAAAAUAGCGACUUUAUCAACAGUUUCCUUUGCUUAUAUACAUGAGAGUUUCGUUUAAAUACAUAGGAUGGUCAAUGUUAACAUUUAUCUUGGUUUUUUUUUAAAUAUCAUCUUCAUAAAGAAAAAUUAAAAUCAAAACAACGAUCAUCCAUGCAUCUUUCUAGAGCUUUUCACAAAGCUGCAUUUUCCCUAAGGCAAUAAUUGAGUAACAUGAACAGAGUACUUGAA